ACAUAUGAGGUGACUCUCAAGCAGCAAUUUUGCUGUGCAAAAGUGACGACCCGCGAGUCUUGGCCCAAGACUUGGGCGACUGUACUGGUAAAGGGUAUAUGUCAGAAACAAACACAAAACAACUAGACAUUCAUCAUUGCUGCUUAUAAACUGCUUGAUGCUAUGGAUGAGGAACAAGCAGGAUUAAAUGGAUCUAGGAGUAGGGCAAGUCACAGUCACUCCUCCCCUACACAUACUGAUCACACACCUGAUGCUGGCACCCUCCUCACAUGCUCAGUAGACACUCCCGAUCCCGUAUCACAUGAACAUAUCUUCCAGUCAACACUACCAUCAAAUGACCACAACUCCCUAACGGGUACACAGUUACAUGACACCACCCCUCAAAUUAAUGAACAUGAUGUUGUCACAGAAGACACCCUCUCUAAACUGUAUCAAGACGACUCAAUUGGAGACACAGUAUUCAGUAAAGCGUGGGUGCUGUCCAUCCUGGUGGAGAUCAUUAAUAGUGUGGACGUUAGGGGAAACCCCUGUUCCAUUGGAAAUGAGGUAGUGAGUGAUGCAGAUGUGAUGAGUUGUUCAGAGGUUGGUGACCACAAGGUUGGUGGCUGUGGCGAUGGUAGAGGGGUGGAGCUGGAGGAGGAGUUUGAGGGACGAGUGUGCGCUCUCUGGGACUCCUCCAUGAACAGUGAUGUUGCAGAGUACAUCCAUGAGCAAGGAGGUAUUGAUCUGUUACUAGGAGCAGCUUGCAGGACUGACCAACCAAGAUUCACUGAGAUUUGCCUUGGCAUUAUUGGAAACCUUAUCUGUAGCCAAGAGAUAUGCCUGAACAGCUUUAAAACAGCUGAGCAAACGAGAUUAAUACUUGAGUUUCUCAAAGAUACAGACUCUGGUGUUCUCUGUCAAGUUACUAGGCUGGUUCAAACCUGCUGCUCUUACGAAGAGCUACAAUCAACAUGGCUACCUCAAAUCAUGGAGUCCAAGUUUGUAAAAGACUCACUGCUGUUUAUUCUACAAGGCUCAACUAAUGAGGACCUCUUGGCCAGUACUAGUGUGUUGUUGGACCACUUACUCAAUGCCAGUGAGCAACUGCUGAGAGGGUGGGUGGACAGGCAGCUGGUAGAGGCCAUCUGUGAGGCUGCACAGCAAAUUAGGGACUCCAAUUUUGAGGUGUCCUGCUCACUUGUAGCAGCGAUUCACACUCUGACUUCGGAGCAAGAAGGAGUUGCUUGUGUUUUGUUGUGUGCUGACAAGGUGUGUGCAGUUGUCAAUGACUUCUUGGCAGCUGUGGAACAGCUUGACAGUCAGUCGACAUGCAUCACUACUUUGACAGCUGCUUGUUCUCUAUAUCUUACACUAUCGACUGAGCAAAGAGUGCUAAUUUACGAAUCUAAUGUGAAGACGACAUUAAGGAAUAUCAGAAAGAAAGUGAACCAAUCUCCAAGGACUAAACAACUAGUCAGCCUUAUUUCAAGAAUACUAACUUGAUAGCUAGUUGAAUUGGAAGUGUACAACAAAAUGAUUAUCAGAGCACCAA